ACCUCACCAAAAAGGUUAAUCCACUUCUUAAUCUCCCAAUAUUUGAACUCUGUAAUGAACCUAUUCCGUCUUUUGUCUUCAGUCUCUCUCUAAAAACAAAUGCCGGAAAGCAUCCACUUCGAUCUUUUAUAUAUUCUCGCCUAUAGUUCACAUUCUAUCAUACAUAAAUACAUACGCAUCACGCAUGUCUGACGAUUUGCCAGCGAUGGCUGGCGUGGACUUGUUGAUCUUGGCCUUCUUCGCGGUAGUAGUAGUGUCGCCGUCGGUAGUGUAUUGCGGUGGCUUUCCGUCGAGUCUUCUGACCUUGGAGAGGGUUUUUCCGGCGAACCAGAGGGUCGAGCUCGAGGUUCUCAGAGCUCGGGACCGAGCUCGGCACGCCCGAAUGUUGCAAGGGAUUGUCGGCGGCGUCGUGAAUUUCCCUGUCGAUGGUUCACCCGAUCCCUACCUUGUUGGGCUUUAUUAUACAAAAGUGAAAUUAGGCUCUCCACCAAGAGAAUUCAAUGUGCAGAUCGAUACUGGAAGUGACAUUUUGUGGGUUACUUGCGGUUCCUGUAAUGAUUGCCCCCAAUCAAGUGGACUCGGAAUUGAGCUCAAAUUCUUUGACACUGCCAGUUCGUCAACUGCUUCUCUGGUUUCAUGCUCAGACCCAAUAUGUUCUUCUGCAGUGCGAACUGCGGCUGCUGAAUGCUCUGCUCAAAGUAAUCAAUGCGGUUACUCGUUUCAAUAUGGAGAUGGCAGUGGGACAUCCGGUUUUUAUAUAUCUGAUUUGCUGUAUUUUGACACUAUUAUGGGAGUGUCUCUUAUAAACAAUUCUUCUGCUUCUAUUGUUUUUGGGUGUAGCACCUAUCAGUCUGGGGACUUGACUAAAACAGAUAGAGCAAUUGAUGGGAUUUUUGGUUUUGGUCAACAGGCUCUAUCUGUUAUAUCACAAUUAUCAUUGCAAGGGAUUACUCCUAAAGCGUUCUCUCAUUGCCUGAAAGGAGAGGGCAAUGGUGGGGGUAUACUAGUUCUUGGUGAGAUUUUGGAUCCAAGCAUUGUUUAUAGUCCUCUUAUCCCGUCACAGGCUCAUUAUAACUUGAAUCUGCAGAGCAUUGCAGUUAAUGGGCAGUUGUUACCAAUUGAUUCAGCAGUUUUUGCAACAUCAAGGAACCGAGGAACCAUCAUUGAUUCUGGAACAACUUUGACAUACCUUGUAGAAGAAGCUUAUGAUCAUUUUGUCACUGCUGUAACUGCUGCUGUUUCUCAAUCUGCCACUCCAAUCCUAUCAAAAGGAGACCAGUGUUAUUUAGUCUCCAGCAGCAUAACCGAUAUAUUUCCUCCAAUUGCCUUUAACUUUGCUGGUGGUGCAUCCAUGAUCUUAAAACCAGGAGAUUACCUUGUACAUUUUGGUUUUGCUGCUGAUGGUGCUACAAUGUGGUGCAUUGGCUUUCAGAAAUAUCAGGAUAUAACAAUUCUAGGAGAUCUUGUUCUUAAAGAUAAGAUCUUUGUUUAUGAUUUAGCUCGUCAACGGAUUGGAUGGGCCGACUAUGAUUGUUCAUUAACUGUAAAUGUUUCCAUAGCUUCUAGUAAGGAUGAAUUCGUCAGUCCAGGACAGCUGAGUGUGAGCAGCUCAUCAAGAAAUUUGCUCUUUGAGUUGAUUCCAAUGAGCACUAAUGCUCUGGCUAUGCCAAUAUUAGUGUUCAUCUGGUUCCCAUUUUUGAUUUUUUGUAACUUCCUCGGGUUCGAAAUCUCAGUUUUCAUUUGAUGUGCGUUGUCUUUGCCGAUUCUUAUUUAUACCAAUCGGCAGGCCAUUGUUGUAUGCCUAUAUAUAUAUAUAUACACACACUCACACACAUACAUUUCUUACAUUAUAAUAUACACUGAAUAGGCUCCUUUCUUUCA